AUGGAUGCGGCAGUCUUAGCUGGACUGAAUGUUGCCAGAAUUAUCAACGAAGCAACUGCUGCUGCCAUCGCUUAUGGUCUAGACAAGAAGGGUGGAGAAAAGAACAUCCUUGUGCUUGACCUUGGUGGUGGGAGUUUUGAUGUCAGUAUCUUGACAAUUGAUUCAGAGGUUUUUGAGGUUCUUGCCACUAAUGGAGACACUAAUCUUGGAGACAACUAUAUGGGCAGCACUGACAAUGUGCCUUGUGGGAUUCUUGAUGCUAUUAUCGCGUUUUCUGUUACGUGGCUCCACUGA